AUGCAGAUGUUGGCAACUUUUAUCUUUGUUCAUGUGCUGUUAAUGGCUCCUGAGAUGUUGUUCAGAAAGUUGCUCAUCUUUCCCACUGAUAUUUCUUCAAGCAAGUAUGGGACAUUCUACAAUAACCACCCGUCCCAACCCAACCUUAACCACCCGUCCCAACCCAACCUUAACCACCCGUCCCAACCCAACCUUAACCACCCGUCCCAACCCAACCUUAACAACCCGUCCCAACCCAACCUUAACCACCCGUCCCAACCCAACCUUAACCACCCGUCCCAACCCAACCUUAACCACCCGUCCCAACCCAACCUUAACCACCCGUCCCAACCCAACCUUAACCACCCGUCCCAACCCAACCUUAACCACCCGUCCCAACCCAACCUUAACAACCCGUCCCAACCCAACCUUAACAACCCGUCCCAACCCAACCUUAACCACCCGCCCCAACCCAACCUUAACCACCCGUCCCAACCCAACCUUAACCACCCGUCCCAACCCAACCUUAACCACCCGUCCCAACCCAACCUUAACCACCCGUCCCAACCCAACCUUAACAACCCGUCCCAACCCAACCUUAACCACCCGUCCCAACCCAACCUUAACCACCCGUCCCAACCCAACCUUAACCACCCGUCCCAACCCAACCUUAACCACCCGUCCCAACCCAACCUUAACCACCCGUCCCAACCCAACCUUAACAACCCGUCCCAACCCAACCUUAACCACCCGUCCCAACCCAACCUUAACCACCCGUCCCAACCCAACCUUAACCACCCGUCCCAACCCAACCUUAACCACCCGUCCCAACCCAACCUUAACAACCCGUCCCAACCCAACCUUAACCACCCGUCCCAACCCAACCUUAACCACCCGUCCCAACCCAACCUUAACCACCCGUCCCAACCCAACCUUAACCACCCGUCCCAACCCAACCUUAACCACCCGUCCCAACCCAACCUUAACAACCCGUCCCAACCCAACCUUAACCACCCGUCCCAACCCAACCUUAACCACCCGUCCCAACCCAACCUUAACCACCCGUCCCAACCCAACCUUAACCACCCGUCCCAACCCAACCUUAACCAGCCAUCCAUAUCACCCGGCCGUCCAGACAUUCUCCACCUCUUCAUAUUUCGGCGCCAAGACCAAUUUAGAAGAGCGAGAUAA